AAGAAGAAUUUAUGAUAUCACCAAUGUCUUGGAAGGAAUUGACUUAAUCGAAAAAAAGUCAAAAAACAGUAUGGAAAGGUGUAGAUGCUGGCUGUAAUACUGAAGAAGUCAUAGAUAGAUUAAGAUAUCUCAAAGCUGAAAUUGAAGAUCUAGAACUGAAGGAAAGAGAACUUGAUCAGCAGAAGUUGUGGCUACAGCAAAGCAUCAAAAAUGUGAUGGACGACUCCAUUAAUAAUAGAUUUUCCUAUGUAACUCAUGAAGACAUCUGUAAUUGUUUUAAUGGUGAUACACUUUUGGCCAUUCAAGCACCUUGUGGUACACAACUGGAGGUACCUAUUCCAGAAAUGGGUCAGAAUGGACAAAAGAAAUACCAGAUCAAUCUAAAGAGUCAUUCAGGACCUAUCCACGUGCUGCUUACAAAUAAAGAGUCCAGCUCAUCUAAGCCCGUGGUUUUCCCGGUGCCCCCCCCAGACGACCUCGCGCAGCCUCCCUCUCAGCCCCCCACCCCAGUGCCUCCACACAAGCCCAGCUCGGCCGUCCAGAGCCUGCCUGAGCCACCUGUCUCUGAACGAAGCCAGCCUCUCCAGCACACGCCGGCCACAGACUUGUCUUCAGGAUCUAUUAGUGGAGAUAUCAUUGAUGAGUUAAUGUCUUCUGAUGUGUUUCCGCUCUUACGGCUUUCUCCGACCCCAGCAGAUGACUACAACUUUAAUUUAGAUGAUAAUGAAGGCGUUUGUGAUCUGUUUGAUGUUCAGAUACUAAAUUAUUAGAUUCCAUGGAAACUUGGGACUGUUAUCUACCUCUAACUGUGUAACAUUUUAGACUUCUUAAUAACCUAAGUAUUUAAAAUAAUGAAUGUAACACCUUUUUAGUUCA